UGAAAUAGACAAACCCCCCCAACCUUUCUUGGAAUCACCCUGGGUGGUUGACCUCAUCAUGUCAUAGCUAGAUCUUCCUUGCUAUCCAGGUGACAUUAUCUGGAAUUAUCUUCAUCCAAAGCUGAAGGGGUGAUCAUGCUCGGACAAAACACCCUUAAUGAUACCACCUGGGACGUCUUAAUAUCUGGGACUGGCCUCCCCCAGUCACUGCUUGCACUGGCGUUGUCGAGGUCUGGUAAAAAGGUCCUUCAUAUUGAUAAAAAUGACUAUUAUGGAGGCUCUGAAGCCGCCUUCAGCUUGCAGGAGGCAGAACACUGGGUAAACAAAGUUGGCUGCGAGCCGAAUUUUGGCCCAUUUGAGUCAGCGUCCGUAUGGCGCUCUCCCUCAACAGAAAAAAAAGAAAAUGGGAAACUUUCUUUUUCGAGGGCAUAUACGCUCUCUCUUUCUCCUCAGCUGAUCUAUACCCGCUCUAAACUACUCCCCAGCUUAGUAUCUUCCAAGGUCUACCGCCAACUGGAGUUCCAAGCGAUGGGGAACUGGUGGGUAUAUCGAGAUGAAGCUCAAGUAGAGACAGGAAGUCAAGAACAUGCCAUUCGUGGCUUGCAGUGUGUACCAAGCAGCCGUGAAGACGUUUUUGCUGAUGACACAUUGACCAUGAAAUCCAAACGAUCUUUGAUGAAGUUUUUGAGAUACCUAGGUCAGUCCGACGAAAGUGGGAGUUCGUCCACCGAAGAAGGUGACUUUGAUACUCCGUUCUCAACCUUUCUCCGCUCCAAAUUCCAGGUCCAUUCGGAUCUCUACUAUCCCCUUCUUUGCUUAUGUUUAUCCCCGCAUUCUAUUUCCCAAACCACAGCUGGCUAUGCUCUUCCAAAAAUCAAAAGACACCUACAAUCCAUUGGUGUAUUUGGGCCAGGAUUUUCUUCUGUGGUUACUAAAUGGGGUGGUGCCUCUGAGAUCGCCCAGGUAGCCUGUCGAGCAUGUGCAGUAGGCGGAGGCGUAUACGCUUUAAACAGAGGAAUAAGAAGCGUGGGACCUCCAGCACAGGGUUCGCCAGAUGGAGAUUCCAGUUUGCGAAGAGUGUGCUUGAGCGAUGGAGAAACGGUAUGUACUAGAUAUAUCGUUGGCACUCCUUGGGAUAUUCCAGCAGAUACACAGAAAGCAGAAUUGCCCACCUUGACCAAGGUUUCGCGUUCUGUUAUGAUUGUGUCGUCGCCCCUAGAAGCUCUAUUCCCUCCGAUCGCCGAGAAUGACCCUGUUGCAGCCGGGACUCUCGUUAUCUUUCCUGGUCAGCAAGCUGCCGGAGAAGAUGCAAUUGAUGAACCACCAUUAUACUUGCUAUUGCACUCUAGCGAUACCGGUGAAUGCCCUUUUGGUCAAUGUAUAAUAUAUGCGAGUGUUUUGCAACCAUCCAGCAAGGGACACCCACGCAUUGAUUCAGCUGUGCAACAGCUCCUGAAAUCAACUGACCCGGUGGCAGAAGUUCUUUGGAAAAUGCAGUUCACCCAGCUCGGCCACCUUGGCACGGAUAUAUUGCCGAAGGAUGGACUCGCGGGCGUUGACAGUCAGAUCCUGGUGUUUCCAUCUCCGUGCCUUGACUUGGAGUUCAACGACAGCAUGAUCGAUCAAGUCAGGCAUGUGUGGAAGGACAUUAUGGGUGCAGAUGCAGACGAGAACGAAUUUCUCGUGUUUGAAAACCGAGAAGCUGCUGAAGAGGAAAACAUGUCCGCUUCCUAG